GAAGAGUUUGUGAAACCACACAGAAGAUUGUCAGCUACUGAAAGGAAAAAUGUGCCCGUCUGGUAUGCUUUACAAAUGAAAAAACUGGCAAAGAAAGGACAGAUUAAAGAAGCUGUUGAUGUAUUUGAGAAAUGGAUGUUAGAAAGAGAUCGAGUGCUACCAGAUUAUUAUACAUUCUCUGUCUUAAUCAAUAUAUUAGCUAAAGCUGGUCUGACUGAAAAAGCUUUCCAGAUAUAUAACAAGAUGAAGAAAAUGGGCUAUUAUGCCAAUGCUUAUGUUUAUUCAGCUUUAUUCAAUGCUUGUGCUAAUUCACCAUGGCAAGAAGAGGGUUUACAGAGAGCUGUGAAACUGAGGGUAACUAUGAAAGAAAAAGAUUGGAUUCCGAAUUAUAAAACAUCUACUGCUAUGAUAAAGGCAUUUGGUAAAUGUGGUGAUUUGCAGACCUGUUUUGAGAUAAUGGAUGAUAUUUGUGUGAGAUAUCCAGAUGAACUAGAAUCAAGUUGCUUCAGUACAUUAUUGUCUGUUUGUAUAAUAGACCAACAGAAAGGAUUCAAAUUGGCUCUUAUGGUAUGGCAAAAAAUGCAAGACAUGGGUGUCAAACCAAGUGGGAUUGUUUACAACUUUAUGCUAAAAGCUGUGCGUGACAGCCAUUUUGAAUUUCAGUUAUCAAACUCAGAGAAAUCCGAUACUUUCAUUGAAGAAUCAGAAAAUCCUUCUGAAGUAUUAGAAAGUUCUGGAGAAAAAUCAUUAGUCCCAAGUGAGAAUUCGCCAAAUUUAUUAAUUGAAAAACAUAUAGAUGUAGAUGAAUUGCUUUCCACAAUUGAUUUCACAAAACGUGCAAACAAGUUGGUCCUAUUUGGAGGAGCAGACGCAGUUUUGCAUCAUAUGAAAAGUAAUCAAGUUCAACCAGACAUCAGGAUAUUUUCACUGCUAUUAGAUUGUAGUGAACACACAUUAGAAGCAGAAGAUAAUUUGUUAGAAAUAAUGAAAGACCAAAAAGUGAGGCCUGAUCAAGAAUUUUGUAAUAGUUUGAUUAGAAGAAGAGCAUUACGUUGUGACAAUGAUAAUGCAAGGACUGUACUACAACUUAUGACAGAUAAUCAUCUUCAACCCAAUAUGGAAACAUUAACAAAUUUAGCCUUAACAUGUUAUCAGUUAAAAGAUGGUUUACAAUUGUUGAAAGAUAUAGAG